GAAAUGUGAAUAAUUUUAAUAAAAUAAGAGAGAUCAUACAAAAUGCAUGUUAUUUUUUAUUUCCAAACUUUUGGAGGGCAGUGUACACACAAAUACAUGUAUAUUUUACAUUUGUAUAAAUAGAACAGGAAAAAUAAAUUGACCACAAAAUGGCUAAAACUAAUAGUGAUGAUGUGACUACUGUCUACGGACUACUGUGGCAGAAAUAUGGUACAGAGGUGGCAAUACUGUGGUUUAUCGGUAUAAUUGAUCGACAGAUUCCGGUAGCAUGGUAUGUAUGUGUCCAAAACAUGGUAAUAUCAUGGUAUUUUAAAUGCUUGUUAAAUGUACUGAAACCGUUUGGUUUGAAAAUGUCUUUACCUGCAGGAUUCAUUCAUAGAGUCAUGCAGAUGUUGAGCUUAAUAAAGACCUUCUUCACUGGCAUUGAUUGUAAUGGAUUCUGAGUAAAUAUUCCACUUCAUCCAGGGAUAUCUGUGUCCUAGAGUAACCAGUUAAAGUACCGAGUGUGAACCUGUUACAAACGAUUCAAUUCGCGAGUGAGCUGCUAUCCGAAUGUAUGUUAGUACAAGUUGCUUUCAGUUAAAACAGCUGCAUUUUAGUCUAGGGCUAGCUUAAGCCUUGUCUGUGAAACCGGCGGUAAGGCACUUUAAGGGUGGGUUGCACUAAGGAUUCUUUAGCCUGGUGUCUGUUUUGCCCUCUAGGGCUCUGCGACAGUCACGUGACUAAAAACUAUGAAUAAGUGGACAUAUGACUCCCUGCUAAAUAUGGCAGCUGGGAAAUCACACAAGCAGUAUCAAAAGUGAAGCAAAGAAACAUAAUUCAACUUCACUGUCAGUGCCGUUAAAUGAAACGAUCGGUUAUAUCGUAAGAUUACAUUUUAAAUUCACAGCUUUGUGGCUUUACUCUCCAGUUUGAAAAAUGAAACUAAACAGGACAGAAUCAAAAUGGCUCUUCACACUGAUUCUUGCAUUUCACAUCACAUCUGUACAGGUUGAAGCUUCUCAUGAUGAUGAUGACGUGAGAAUCCUGAUUGUGGGAAUCCGAGGUGACUCCAGAUUCAGCGCUGCAGAUAUUCUGUCAGGAAGGACAGACGGUGGACAGGAGGACAGAGAGAUUGUAAAGACUCCAGUAAUUACAGACGAGGGUCGUAGAAUGAUGCUGGUCACUGGACCAAACCUCUGUGAGGAGGACACAGCGAGACAGAGCUUCACAACAGCACUGUUCCUCUCGUCUCCUGGACCUCACGCCGUUUUAAUGGUCCUGAAUCUGGAAGAUGAAGAAUCAGAACAGUGUGAUGUUGUGAAACGAGCCCAGGAGCUGCUGGGAGCAGAAGUUCUGCAGUACUGCAUUGUUCUUCUGCACCAGGAACGUUUCACAGGAGCGUCCAGAGGGAUCGCUGGAGAAAUGAGCGACGCAUGUGGAGGCAGAUUUCACAUGAUAAGAGACUCUGAACCUGAUCAAACAGCAGCUCUCGUAGCGGAAAUAGACAAGCUAGUUUGGCUCAAUGGAGACGGAUUUUACUCAGUAUUGAGACAAGAGUUAAAAACAGAAGAGACGAGUGAAGAUGUGCAUGAAGAGAUUCAGCUCUUCUUAUUAAAAUAUGACAAUUCAGUCAAAAUUGUAGGAUGGAUUUUACUCAUUUUACUGAAUGCUGCACUUUUGUUCUCUGAAGGACGGCAUGAACAUUUUUAUUUUGGAGAAAUACUGGUUGCACUUGUUAGUUUUACGGUCACUUUAAGAAAUAUUCUGAAUCCAAAUGUUGCUGUUCCUCUAAAUUUGAUUGUGUCCUCAACUUUUGCAAUUGCAGUGACAUACUACGACUUAUCAAAUUCACGACGUGGACAUCAAAUCAUAAUGUUUUUCAUCAUGAUCUUUGCAUUUCCCAGUAUAGUGUUCAUAUCAGGUCUGGGACUGACCCUAGGAACAGUUAUGAGCGUCAGGUCGUGGUCAGAUGUGCUCAUAGCGUGUCACGCGGCGACUGGAGUCACAUUCGGGGCUCAUUUAUGCACAGUUUAUUCCAUUACACCAGAUCAAAUGCAGAUUCGGACAACUCUAAUGUUUGCACUCAAGUUAUUUCUGUUUUGUUUAGUUGGAGUGACGCUCUCAGUGGGGUUUGCGUCUGUUUUUACUCUGUUUUUAGUGAAGAUGACAAUAAUAUUAGGAUUUACAAUAGCGUAUUCCCAUUUAAAGAGAGAUUUCGUAAGGUUUGUUAUUUUUUUCCUGAUCUUUCCAUGCUGUUGUGUAUUUAUUGGUUCUUUCAUUUCAUUUUUAUGCAGUGUAUUAUUUCAAUACAUUUUUACAGUAAUUUGGAGCCGAUAAUAGUGACUAAAUCACACUGACAGACUUUGGAUCAAAACAAGUUAUGCUGAUAUUGAUUUUGGUCUUAUGUUCACAUUUCUUUCUGACCACACACUUUCACACUAGUUUAUUUAAUUUGUCUACUAACAAUCGUAUAAAAUCAGUCAGGAAAUUUAUUUAUGUACCGUCCUGUAAAAAAUAUUUAUAUCACAAUGUAAUUUACGCAACAUCUCAAAUGAUGUAUUCUGCGUGUGUAAAUACACACGAUUAAAAUAUACGUAAUAUUCACUCUUUGUUUAGAUCUCAUUGUCUCCGAACAUCUCAAAGUCACUAUAACGAUUAAUGACUGUUAAUCAUUAACCAUUUGUGUUGAAAUUCAUCAAGUGUUUCUUUGGAACAGCUGCUAAUCAUCAGUUAGACAGAUGAACAAAGGCUCUCGCUCUGGAUAAUGUUGAAUCUGUUAAAUGACCACUUACUUCUUCUUCUUCAGAUCUGCUGAAAAACAAAGUUUUCCUGGAAAUGAUUCAGAUGAUGCUGUUCUGAUUUCCCACUGAUGUUUUCAUCUUUAACUGUAAAUAAAAAUAAAACUGACGGUAUGUUGCAAAUGUUACUUAACAAAUAUUAUUUGUUUAUCGAUGUCACAUCAAAUACUGCAAUGUCCAUAAAAUGAAUGUUUUUAAAGCGUAUGAAGAUCUAAUGAAGCCAAGAAUAAAUCUGGAUGAAUUUUACUGCUGUCAGCUUUAAUGGAUAAACACAUUGUAAAGUUUUAGCGUGCAAACUGUGUUUUCUCAUUGUUAUUUCAGUCAAGUUUAAUGGUUUCUGAUGUGCUUCACAUAAGUUAUGGAUUAAAUGCUUUUUGUUGUCUUUGUAAAUGAUUUGCUCAAACAUAUUCUCAUGUUUUCACUGGAUUUUCUGCAGUCUCUUGCUGUGAUUGGGCAUGUAGGUACUUAUUUCUUACAUGAAGAUUUUUAAAUUGAAGUCUUAAAGGAGAAGCUCCAACUAAAACUGAAUUGUUCAUUCAGAUGGUCAAAAACAGGGUGGAAAAUGGUCAUAUAUUGUUGAAUUAUGGCUGUUUUGGUGCACAAAAACAAAACAAAAUAUUACUAACAUUAGAAGGCCCUCAGGGAAAAUAACACAA